GAGUGAGAGUAUUAAAAAAGGAGUGAAUAUCCAGAUCUGAGUAACCAUUGGCCAAUAAAAAAACUAAGUAUCCCAGUGGAUGAGUCAUGUCGAAAAACCCCCAGGACCCUGACGAUAUCGAAACUCGAUGGAUAGUUGUUGCUCUGAAAAGUCUUGCAAGUCGUCUAUUACCUGAGCCAAAUACACACUCACUAACCACAUGCCGCUAAUUCAAGAGGUCAACAAAAUAUUUUUCCGCGAUAUUUAUACAUGCUUGGAUAGAGCUCGUCGAGAUGCUCAACUUCAAAAACUGAGUAUGAAAAUGAUAUUAGAUCGAGUCUGAAGUCAAAUGGCUGUCCAGUAUGGCCGCCCCUGAUACAUCACUCGAAUAUCGCUAAACAGCUUUGAAAAGCUAAUCGACAUGAUCUUGCAGAUCUCUAGAAGGUUUCUGGAGGAUCCCAAAAAUACUUUUUAGCAAAACACCGAGUUUUAACAUGUCUUCUUAAAUUUUGUAUGUUUUUUCGUUUAUUUGCAUCUUAUAGUUCCCAUAUAAUAUCAUUUUCACACUCAGUUUUUGAAGCUGAAUCCAGAAAAAAUAUUUUCAAAAAGUUAGAAGAAAAACUUCUGAAGGUUUUUAAACUGAAGUGUUUUUCUGAAACUUCGGAUCUCUGAAGUUUUUUCAAUAUUUUACAAUAAAAAGGUUUUUAAAAAACAUUAAAUACAUCUAUUCUUGAUCAUUCGACGAGUUCUAGCCAACGAUGUAUAAAUAUCACAAAAAAACCUUUUGCUCAGCUUUUGAAGUGGCGGCACCCUCCUAGCUUCCGGAAAGCUACGCGACCUCGCCAGAGGAAAUGUAUUGUACGUCACAAUGUAGUGAGUAUAUUGUAGGACGGGUGAUCCGAGACACGAAGACAUAAGUAACUUGUCCAAGGUAAUUUCACGACCUGGCGACACCGAGAUUCGAACACAGUGCGUGAUGAACAAUAUAACCACUAAGCCAUGCUGUUAGCGUAGUGUCAUCACUUGGGAUGGUGAAUUUGACUUCGAGUAUGGAACAUGUUUUUAUUAAACUGAUAAUUUCAUAAAUAAAAAUCUAGAAUUAAAGAAAGAAUUGCGAUCUCUGCUCAUUUCCUCCGCCCUAUUUUCCAUAAAAUGUGCGUUUGAAUAUUUAACGGCUUAUUUUCAGAACGAUGUAUCAGUCAAAUCUACCAACUCACAAGUUAAUUCUUCGAUUAAACUGGAAGAUGUUCUUCGACGUUGUGGUGAUUUAGGACGCUAUCAAUAUUGUCAUUAUUUUUUUCUCAAUCUGAUUCCACUAGUAAGUGGUAUUACAACAUUUUUUUAUGUGUAUGGUGCGGCUGAUAUUCAACAUCGUUGUCAACUACCUCAAGAUCUAUGGCCUCAUGAUUCAUAUCAAAUUAUAAAUUCUACUCAUCAAGAAUUGAUUAACUUAUGGAUACCACAAUCAUCAUUAUCAAAAUGCUCGAUAUAUACUAAUGGUAGUAAUGAAACAAAUCAAUGCAUAAAUUGGGUGUAUGAUCGAUCCGUAUUUGGUAAAACAUUCACUGAAGAAGCAAACUUUGUUUGUCAUAAUACAGUAAAAAAAAGUUUCUUAUCCACUCUGUAUCAAAUGGCUGGAAUGGUCGUUUUAUUGUCUGGUAGAUUAGGUGAUAAAAUUGGACGAAGGAAAGCGAUUCAUAUUGUUACAAUUUUCAUGUUUGUUACAUCAACAUUAACCCAAAUAUUCAUGCAAUUUAUACCCAUGUCAAUAAAUACAAAGUUUGCUCUAUUACUUAUUAAUCAAUUUGUGUCAAGUGUCGAUUGUUAUUCAUUAGUGUUUUUACUGUUGAUGGAAUUAACAAGUUCAUCUCACACUAACUUAGCUGGCAAUUUAGCUUUGGUAGCAUUUACAGUUGGUGAAUGUAUAGUAACAUUAUUUGCUUAUCUAACUAGAGAUUGGUUAUCGUUAAAAUGGUUAACGUCAAUGUGCGUUGCUCUCAUCAUACCAUACUUGUAUUUUGUACCAGAAUCUCCGUUCUGGUUAUUCAGUAACCAACACUAUGACCAAUUAGAGUUACAAUUAAAAAAAAUGGCUUCGACCAAUGGUCACGCAGAAUCAAAAUGGUUGCCGUUUUAUCGACGACUAGUCAGAUCACAAAAGUCAAAAGACUCUUUUGACACAGGAGUCACAUUACCGUUUCAUACCAAAGUCAAACAAUUGUUAACUCAUAUACCAACAAUGACAAGAUUACUCGUAUCCGGUACAAUUGGGUUGUUCACCAUGUUGUUGUACUUUAAAAUAUCCUAUGGACUAGCUGCAAUGAAUCGAGUGAAUCCAUAUAUCAAUAUCAUCAUUGGUGCGGCCGUUGAAUGUGCUGGGUAUACCAGUGCCAGUAUUCUAAUAAAUAAAAUUGGGCGUAAGAAAUCAUUUAUUUGUUACAUGACGUUAACGAUUAUUUGCACUUUAAUUAUACCAUUUAUUAUGGAACAAUACCCAAUUGAAACUGCAAUUGUUGCACAAGUGGGUAAAUUUGCUAUAAGUGGUUCGCUUGGAGUGUCUUGGAUUUAUAUACCGGAAUUGUUUGCAACAACUAUCCGUGCUUUUGCCAGUGGUUUCUUUAUUUCUGUUGGUCGUAUAGGAGCUAUUACAGCACCGAUUGUAGAAACAUUAAUCGAUGACAAAUAUAUGUAUCUUACUUUCUAUAUUUAUGCUGGUCUAGCAUUUAUUACAGUAGGUCUAACACUUCUACUACCCGAGACAAAAAACGUACCAUUCAUAGAUAAAACCGAUUUUAGAAAACCAGGAAGAAAUAUAGAAAUGAUCAACAGUGGGUUUGAGAACGAGCGUAUUGUGAGAUUUUAG